CCAGUUGGAAGCUCCGACCCACAAGGCCCCGAUGGGACAGGCGGCGAGGUCGGGGCGCUUCUUCGGCGUCUACCUACUCUACUGCCUGAAUCCCAGGCAUCGGGGCCGUGUUUACGUGGGAUUCACCGUCAAUCCUGCUCGGCGGGUCCAGCAGCACAACGGCGGUCACAGAAAAGGCGGGGCCUGGCGGACCAGCGGGAGAGGACCCUGGGAGAUGGUGCUCAUUCUGUAUGGUUUUCCAUCUGCUGUGGCUGCCCUUCGGUUUGAAUGGGCUUGGCAGCACCCUCAAGCCUCACGUCGCCUGGCGUACGUGGGGCCCCGCCUGCGCAGUGAGGCAGCCUUCACCUUCCACCUACGUGUGCUGGCGCACAUGCUGCGUGCCGCACCAUGGGUGCGCCUCCCGCUAACACUGCGUUGGCUACAACCCGACUUCCACCAUGAUCUCUGUCCAGCACCACCACCACACAUGCCCAUCACCUUUGGGCCACCACCACCCCAGUCCUUGGCCACAAAGGGAAUUGCUGCUACUGCGACUGACAGCGAGACCCCAAUGGAUCUGGGUGCGGAGGCCAGCUGUACCUUGUGUGCACACACUCUGCAGGAUGAAGAGCACCCCCUGUGCUGCCCCCACCCUGGUUGUCCCCUCAGGGCUCACGUCAUCUGCCUGGCCCAGGAGUUCCUGCGGGAGGAACCUGAGCAGCUUCUGCCCCUGGAGGGGCACUGUCCUAGCUGUAAGAAGUCACUACUUUGGGGAGACCUGAUCUGGCUGUGCCACAUGGACACCAAAGAGGAAGAGGACUUGGACUUAGAAGAGGAACACUGGACAGACCUACUGGAAACCUGAUCCUCCAUGUCCCCAACUUUUACCACUGUUUUCUCUGUGUCUCUUCAGUGAUUAGGCAGGUUUUACUUGAG